CUCGCCUGUCUUGCAGCCCAUCACUUCAUCGCGGCGACGGCGUGCCAGGAGGCGGACUACGGCUGGAUGAUCCGGCACUACUGCCUGAAGCAGUUCCAGCUCAGCAUGGAGGGCAUCGGGCAGCGGCUCUGGUGUGACUGGGAUGAGACCGUGGGCACCUACGGGGAGCUGACCAACUGCACGGCGCUCAUCGCCGAGCGGCUCGACUGCUACUGGCCCAACCGCCUGGUGGACGAGUUCUUCGUGGCCGUGCACAGGCAAUACUUCAAGAACUGCUCUCCCUCGGGCCGGGCGCUGCACGACCCCCCCAACGGCGUCCUCUGCCCCUUCAUCCUGCUGCCCGUCCUCGUCACCCUCCUCAUGACGGCGCUGGUGGUGUGGAGGAGCAAACGCAGCGAGGGCAUCGUCUAGGGGACGCCCCGCCGCCGGCGUGGGGCAGGGAUGGGGUGUCCCCACCCCAAAAGCAGACGUUUUGGGAGGACACUGGCAGAGGAGCAGCCCGGGGAGGGUACCAAGGCAGAGACAGUACCCCCUGCCCAGUGGUUUCCAAAUAAAUCUGUCAUUUAAGACUCAUUUGGCACUUGGGGGGAUGCCCCACCGUUGGGGAGCCCUCUUGGGGGUACCAGGGAACACAGCUCCCCUCGGCAUCGGUGCUGCCACCAUCUCUCCCAUCUGUUUCCCUCCUGGCACCCCUACAGCCUUGCAUUUUGCCAAAAGAAGAAAUUUUUAAAAAAAAAUAAAGAAAAAGGGUCAGGGAUGAGGGG